AUGGCGGGGCCCCUGGGCUGCAGCCCAUUCAAGCCCAAUGAGCCCACAGUUACUAAAGCCAAAGUAAAACCCUCAGUGGCAAAGAAAGAGCGAUUGAUCACUAAAGAAAAGGCUAAACCUACCUCUACUAAGAAAGAGCCAGCAGUAACAAAGAAGGCAAAAGUAACAACAGCCUCACAUGAAGAAGAGAAAGCUGUAAAAGAAGUGAAGCCCAAAGCAGAGGUCAAGAAGAAGGCUGCACCAACACCGAAAGCCAAUCAAACCAUUAAAGUUGUGGGAACACCUGUUCCAGAUGAGAAUAAAACAGCUAAGGAAACCCAAGGUAUGAAGUCUAUGGCUCUGUUUUAA